CCCCAAAAGCGUGAUUGUCACGGGGGCCGCCGGGUUAUGGCAACCCUAUAUAUACUAUGAUGGAAAAUGAAAUACAUUCCAUUUUAAUGUAUUUUAAUAUUUGCAGUAAUAAAUAUUACAGGUAUAAAGACAUGUACUUGGCCCUCAUAUGACACGUAUUUUGUAAUGGGCUGCAAAUCUAAAGCACUUUUUUCUUUCUUGUUUGAGAGGCAGUUGUAAAGUCCAGUUCCUGUCAUUGUUGGAGUUGGUUUUAUGACUCUGAAAGCUGCCCUGGAAACCUGCAAGCUGAAGGGCAACAUAAGUCUUUAAAUAAAGACAGCUGCAUUUAAAAGGCUGUGUGACUUGGCUGUAACUCAAUGCUUCCUGCAUUCUCUACCAGUUCAAUGGGUGAAAAACUCUACAUCAAGCCUCAAAUGACCUCUUUGGAUCCCAGUCAACCCUGUGUACUACAGGUUCCAAAGUAGAAAAGUUCAGUUUUGUAGCUAGUGAAAGAAAAUUUGGGAUGGAUUUUGAACGGACCCAGGACAUAAGUCUUCAGGACAGAUAUCUUGAAAUGUUAAUGAAACUUUAAAUGGAUGUGUGUCACAUGCUAAGAAAGAAUAGUAACAGACUUAAGAGCUUUUGGCACAAAUCUUUUACAAACCCUUACUGAGGAGAUUAGGGACUAAUCUGCAUCGCAGAAAUAAUGCGGUUUGACACUGCUUUAACUGUCAUGGCUCCAUAUUAUGGAAUCCUGGGAUUUGUAGUUUGUUGUGGCACCAGAGCUCUCAAACAGAGAAAACUAAAUACCGCACAAAACUACAAAUCCCAGAAUUUCAUUUCAUUGAGCCAUGGCAGUUAAAGCGGUGUCAAACCGCAUUGUUUUUGUAUUGCAGAUUAGACAUAUGGCAAUGUUUUGUGUUGUGUUUUGGGUUCUAACCAAAAAUCCCAACUAUAUACACCAGUAAAACUGUUACAGUAAGUGAUGGUACAAAAGUGGGAUUGGUGGAGCUAAAAACUUUUUUUUUCACUCCUCUCCCCCAACAAUUGUCCAAAGUCCCCUUUGCCUAUGAAAAAUAACCUAGAGGCUUAGUGUGGACUAUUAGCAAAUACAGAUGUUUGUAUAUAUCUUAACCUUUAGUCCAUUUCUGUCUGCAGUGGACUUGCCCAAACGCCUCUCCUCCUCAUCAUCAUCAUCGCGGUCGCAGCCAGAAAUAGCACUGAAAAUCAAAAAGACACACAACAUGACAAUCCACAUGCAAGAUGGCUCAGAACAGCUGCUGUCAGACUACGUGAGUCUUCGGAAUGUGCGAGAUUCUUUAACAGAGGUACGUUACCAGGACAAUCCCUUUGGGGAUCCUGAUUUUAACCCUCCUGUCAAGCCCUUCCCAGGGCUGCCAUUGCCGACGCUUUCGCCCACAGCCUGGCUGGACCUUAGCGAUGCCGAACGGUUGCAGCAGAACGUCGGAGCCUUCUCCAGUUUGCCAGAGUACCUGGCAGCUGUGAAGCACCAACAGAUCAAGAUGAACCUCGAAGCCACAGAACUCCAUCACCAGCUUGACACUUCAGGCCUCCAGUGCCUCGGUCUGGUGAACAACCUUAAAGCCAUCAUGGCUUCUAUGGGCAUCGUACCUGGCCCUGUGACGCCAGCGGAGCCGCCAGGGAUCGAGGCCAUUUUUGUCAUGAAACUCACUGGCUACAGCAUUUGCUGUCUCUACCGGGACUGGGUCAAGCGUUGCCAAAAGGAUAUGGCCCUCCUGGCUGCCAAAUACCCUGCCUGAAUUUUCUUCCUCACUGUGGCUCUUAAACUUCAUCAGGUGGCGCCUGAGUUGGUUGUCAUUUUUGUAGAGGGGUGUGUGAGGGGGAAAUAGAAGGGUGAUAUCUUUUUCUCUAUCAACUGAUAGGCUGAUUAAAGCCCUUUCCUUGCGGUACAAAGGUUUUAAUCCUGUACCAGCACCCUUGCAGUACUGAGCUAUCUAUCUUCUCUUAUUGUCUUCCUUUUAAUACAAGCUUACAGAUGAGGAAUUGUUCUCAGGGGGCUGCCCAGAGCUGGCCGUACCAUUGGGUAUCUUGAAGCAGCUGCCUCAGACGGCAGAUAUGGGUGGUUGGCAACAACAAUCCCUUGACUUUUUUUGCCUGAGCCUCUGGUUGUACCGAAGGACAUUGCUGUAUGGGUUCCUCUGUUCCCCUAAAGAAGCUAUAUUGCCCACUGUGAUGGAAAAUGUGUAUUCCCAGUAUCCUGUCCUUUGCCUCAGGCAGCAAAAUGGCUUGGGCUGGUCCCAAAGCAGCAGUUGCCACCGCCAUCACACUUAUCGAUAAGGCUUGGUAGCCUUAUUACUGUGAGAGAAGAAAGAUGGGUGCAGGGGAUGGCAACCAUUUUGGAAAGAAAGCACUCUUCUCCCAUAGCAGCAAUUUUAUGAGAGGUAGAUUGGCCUCUGAAUGCAAAAAAGGGGAGAGAGGUUGCGUUCUUGAGGACAAGCCAGCACAGGAAAUGGCAUUAGUUUGACAUCUACGAUGAAGAACAGAACAAGGGUGCCAAGUUGUCUGGUUUCAGUCAGUCGGAACUGUUCAAACAAAUUCUAGCUUCCUGAAGGAAGGGAAAGUCUUCCUUCACCUCAUGCACCGUGAAAUGAUGUUCCUUGAUUUUAACAUAGCUGAAUAGCUCUGAUGAUGGAGUGGAUUUGUGGGCUGGGAGUAGACACAAGAUGGCUGCUAGUUUUUCUAAUUUAAACGGUGUGUCUUUGGAGCUCUUGGGCGGCAAACACAGAGAUUCAAUAGGGGUAGCUCAUUCCUGCCAGUCACCCUUGCAAAAGUCUGCGUCUUGAGGUGGAAAAUAAGUAUAAAACCAUGUCCUAAAUGAGCAAGGAUGUAAUAAGCGGUGUUGUUUUCACUCAGUUUAAAGCCCACUUCUAGGCUGCAGAGCAUGCUUCCCUAGGCAAAUUCACCCCCUCAGCAUUGAACUAAUUCUUUUGCAAAAUUGCCUCAUCUGUUGAAGAGAAUGGAAGAAAUCUUCACCUCUUUUGGUCCUUGUAAAAUGCUCACAGUAGCAAUUCUGCCCUUUGAAAACCUCUGCAAGCCCUCUCCAUUUAAUAAAGGGUUGGGAAGUCUCUUUUCCGUACAGCCUCUGAUUCUUUGACACUGGUUUUAUGGUCUCUCUUUAGGGCAUACGUUCCCGCCCUAAAGAUUUUUAGUUUCUAAUGUAUACUUGGUUUUGAUAUUAAUAUAAUAAAAUAAAAUGUGAUUAUAUAUGUAUAGCUGCCAAAAUCU